UGCUCUGGAUACUGGAAGCUGCGGGAGCGGCGGGGGACCUGUAACUGAAUCCAAACACGGAUCGACCUCCGGUACCGCGCAAGGUCUUGCCUCCUGAUUACGUAGUAUAUAUGCAGCAGGGCUGGUAAAUUGUUUCAUCGGCUGGGCCGAGCAAAUCGUUCGUGGGGGCAUCGCAGAUUUUUGUACAGCGCCACGCCUCGAUCCGCGAUGGCCUUGCGGGUGUUGCUGAAGAAAUCCUACUCCGGGCUGGCCGGAUCUUUCUCGGCAGCAAGGUACUUGAACACUUCUCCAUGUCCUGAUGAGCUUGUUACAAGAAGCUGCUCAAGAAUUGGUGUGAACUCAGUAAACAUAAAUCACAUCAUGAAGUCAGCAUCUGUGCGUCCAGCUAUAGGGGGCGGGCAAACUUUCUCUUCCAAGACGACCACCAGUGGCAAACCUUCAAUUGAAUCACAGAUCAAAGCGAAUGGAGAUGCGUUUCGAAGGAAAAUAAGGAUUACUUCCAAUGCAUUUGUUGCUUUCGGCGUUCUGUAUUGUGGCGCACUUAUUCAUAAACGUUUGGAUUAAAGAUUAAAGACGCUGGUGCCAGGGUUGUGGUGGAAACCCUCGUACUCCAGAUAGAGCAGAGAGGGAUGGAGUCAUUAUGAAGGACGUCAAAGCUUAAAAAGGUGUUGGGUUCUGCUAUGUAAAUAGAGAUGUGUAAUAGAGUUGCUCAUUAGUUGGCUUAAAUUGCUAGUAUGAGUUGCAUUGUUAGUUCUUUAUAUGUCUACUAGACAAUUAUGUUUUCUUUUGAGGGUACUCCUCUGUUAAACAGAGAGAGUACCCUUUAUAGUGUUAUAAUGCGGUCGUUCAGAUGGGUACCACAUAUGUCAACCUUUAUUUGUGUACCCAUAUUUAUAUCGG